ACACAACAAAACAAAACUCAAAAAGGAUUAUAUUCUCUCCAAACACGAGGAAACAUGAAAAUGGGAAGAGUUCUAGUGUUGCUUACAGUUUUUAUGGCUGUGAUGUCUUCUACAAGAGUCUCUGCUCAGUCCAGUUGCACAACCGCGUUGAUCAGCAUGUCUCCCUGUCUCAACUACAUAACCGGAAACACUACUUCUCCUUCUCAGCAAUGCUGUAGUCAGCUAGGUAAUGUAGUCAGGUCUUCUCCUGACUGUUUGUGUCAAGCCCUCAACGGUGGAGGCUCUCAGCUUGGGAUCAACGUUAACCAAACACAGGCUCUUGCCUUGCCUCGGGCUUGUAAUGUUCAAACUCCUCCUGUCAGCGGCUGUAGCAACGGUGGUGGUUCUACUGCUGACUCUCCUACAGAUUCACCAAACUCUUCAGGACCAGGAAAUGGAUCAAAAACUGUGCCAGUAGGAGAAGGAGAUGGAUCAUUUUCAGAUGGAAGCUCUAUCGAGAUCUCAUAUCGUCUUCUUACCUUCCUUUCCGUGGCUUCCUACAUCGCAAUCUUCUUGAAAUACUGAUUUCUUCUCAUCCAUGUUUUCUCCUGAAACCGAUGAAGCUUUUAUGCCCCACUCAGAUUGCAUUUUUUAUUUCCCUAUUUAUUCACAUUUCGUUGAGAUGUGUAAUGUAUUCUAUCCUCUAUGAAUUCCUACUUAAGGGUACCAUGUUCGAUCUCUUUACCUUUAAUAAUAAGCAUUAUUUUCCAAAA